CCCCCCCCCCCCCCCCCCCCCCCCCCCCCCCCCCCCCCCCCCCCCCCCCCUUAAGUAAACAGGAAAAGAGAAUUAAAAAAUGUAUAAAAAUUUUAAUGCCAAUAAAAUAGUAGUCAUGAGAAACUAGAAUUUUUGACAGUACUCCUCCACUCUCGUAAUAACUGUCUGCUAUCUGAUUAUUUUCGGAAUAUUUUUUUCGAAAUUUUAACUGGUAGUUUUGCUAGAAGACUGCGGGAGACAACGGAUACUAUGAAUGUUAUAACAUUUCUUGCGGUGUAGUAAUUCCGAAAACGAAUGAAUUUAGGUACAGCUUUUCUUGUGCAAUCGCAGUCUUAAUUAAAUUUUGAAGUCUGCGUGCCAUCUUAAACAUAUAAGGAAAUCUAAACUAGACUUUCAGAAACAAAGUAAGGAAAUUUCUAUGAUCGGUCACUAGGAAAUUGCUUUAACGAACUCUGUUUGUGAUCAUAGUAACGAAGGCCGCUUCGAUAGCAAAUAAUUUUCUAUUUCCAAAGACUAUUUAUUUGCUGGAUUUUUGUUUCUUAAUAAUUACUAUGCUGACUGUGUUAUCAACAUCAAUAACAUAGUCAUGAAGCGAGAAGACAAUAUCAAAUUACUUGGUAUGAAAUUAUGAUCAAAUCUCCAUGAAAAAAAUCAUAUUGAAACAGUCAACUCAAGUCGACAUAACCCAUAGUUCAAGUCGACUUGAACUGCAGAAAAAAAAAAGUGUUGAUCAUGAUUAUUCAGGAAAAGAUUUGCCUGGUUCGAGUCGACAUGAACCAUAGUAGUAAGUCGACUUGAACGGCAGGAAGUAUGACACUUUGGACUAUAUACCGAUGAAAAACACCUGAUAGACUGGUAUCUGGGUAUCCAGAGAUUCGAACUGGUUUUCUAAAGAUCUCCUAGAAAAGCGAUCUAUAAGCGAAUAUUGUUCGGAAAGAAUUUUGCUUAAGAAAACAUAGGCAAAACUGUUUUUUUUUGAUUGCUGAAGACUUCCAAUCUCUGCCUUUUAUCGUCUUUGAGUUAUUCAAAAAGCGCUAAUCAGCGCGUCUCGUGUACAGAGUUAAACUGACACCACGAUGUCUGUUAAAGUAACCGUGUUCUUUUAGGGACAUAUUUGGUUCACAGUUUACAAUGUUAAUUUAUUCAAAUAUCCUUUCUUUCAAUGCAGUUGUGAAGUAUUCAGGCAUGCUAGGUCUGUUAUAGAUUGUUUACAUACAUUGGCGGUAAAGAGAUAUUUAAAUGUGUUAAAUACCGAUGAAAAACUGGCCUCGAAAAAGAAAUUACAAUUAAAGAAGAAUUUGAAAGUUAUUCAAAAGGCUGCAAGAGCAAAAGUUGGCGUUAAGAAAACUGGAGCAAAAACUCCAACGAUUUUGGAUAAAGAACCGGUUGAACAAGUUAAAAUAGUGGUGACAAAAGCCAAGGCUAGUCGAAAAGGAAAUAUGAAAAUUAAUAGAUUAGUAUUAACCGAAGUUACCAAUGUUCAACCAACAACAACAGUCUUAUAA